UUUACAGAAACCUUGUGGUAUUAUGCUGCAUUUGUUGUUCUGCUAUUUGGAGAUUAUGCUGUGUUAUAUACAGACUCAACUCCACCUGUACAAAAAGAGUUUAAUGUGGUGGACGUGUUAAAUCAGGAAAUGGAAAAAGUUGAGUCUAGCUUUCCAAAUCAGCACCCAGAGCUCUGGAGAAUGAGUCUUAUUCAUCUCGGACGCCACCUAAAUACUGUCCACUCCACAGAGACUGUCAGUCUGAUUUUAACAUCUGGUCAUGGGGCUGAAAGGACGCUUGGGUGCCUAGCUUAACGCUUGGCUAAAGCAUUGCAUUGCCCAUACCAGGUAAUUAAUGGAAAAGGCAAAGCGUCAAAAGACAAUGAUCAGGUCAAACUGGACAUUGAUAGUGAACUGAGAUUAGCCUUUGGGAACAACAAAUGCGCGGUUAUUCACCGCUUUGAGGAGUUACCUCCUGGAUCCACUCUUAUCUUUUACUGUUAUUGUGACCAUGAAAAUGCAGCAUAUAAAAAUGUCUUUCUGCCAUUUACUGUUAUGCUUGAUGCAGGGCAGUGGUGGCUCAGCGAAGUGCAAGUCCCAGCUGAUGCCAGACUAGAAAAGGUGGAUGACAUGGUACAAUAGUGAAUAAAAGAGAAGUUUGUCUCCUUGGACAAGUCAGCUCUGUUUAAUGAAAUGGACGUGGAUGUGGACAAACUAAGGGGACUCUGGAGCAGAAUUUCUCAUCUUUUUUUACCAGUGGCUGCAGAAGGGAAAACCGAACAGCAGGGCUGUCCUGAGGAGCUUGAGGGUGAAUCAGCAUGA